GCCGUUAAAUAAACUCCCUCCUUCACUCACUUCAUUCCAUUCAUUCGUCUUCUUCCUUUUCAUCCCCGAUCAAGGCGAGAGAGAAAGAAUCACACAGAGAAAUUCCGUUAACUUUCUCUCUCCUCUUAUCUUAUCACCGAUCCAAUUGUAUCCGGUGAUUUUAAUGGCAUCAGAAGAUGUGAAAACUAGCGAAUCAGCAGUUUCUACGAUCGUAAAUCUGGCUGAAGAAGCGAAGAUUGCAAGAGAGGGCGUUAAGGCUCCAAGUUAUGCGAUUCUUAGUAUCUGCAAGUCUCUUGUUGCUGGUGGUGUCGCUGGUGGAGUGUCUCGUACUGCUGUUGCUCCCUUAGAACGCCUAAAAAUAUUGCUCCAGGUUCAAAAUCCUCAUAGUAUUAAAUACAAUGGAACUAUUCAAGGGCUAAAGUAUAUAUGGAAAACAGAGGGAUUCCGAGGACUUUUCAAGGGUAAUGGAACGAAUUGUGCACGCAUUGUGCCAAAUUCUGCUGUCAAGUUUUUCAGUUAUGAACAAGCCUCCAAGGGCAUAUUAUGGCUAUACCAGCAACAGAGUGGCAAUGAGGAGGCUGAACUCACUCCUUUAUUGCGUCUUGGUGCUGGAGCAUGUGCUGGAAUCAUAGCAAUGUCUGCAACUUAUCCAAUGGAUAUGGUCAGAGGCAGGAUUACUGUUCAGACUGAUAAGUCUCCUUACCAGUAUAGAGGCAUUUACCAUGCACUGUCAACAAUUCUUCGUGAGGAAGGUCCACGGGCUUUGUAUAAAGGCUGGCUUCCCUCUGUGAUUGGAGUGAUUCCAUAUGUUGGUCUCAAUUUUUCCGUGUAUGAGUCGUUGAAGGAUUGGAUGAUCAAAGCUAAGCCAUUUGGAUUAGUACAAGAUAAUGAGUUGAGUGUGACAACAAGGCUCGGAUGUGGGGCAGUUGCGGGGACUAUUGGCCAAACUGUUGCCUAUCCGCUCGAUGUUGUUCGCCGAAGGAUGCAAAUGGUGGGUUGGAAAGACGCUUCCUCUGUUGUCCUUGGUGAUGGGAGAGGCAAGGUUCCGUUAGAAUAUAAUGGCAUGAUCGAUACAUUUCGGAAAACUGUUAGGCAUGAAGGCUUUGGAGCCCUGUACAAAGGCCUGGUCCCUAAUUCAGUAAAGGUUGUGCCAUCCAUAGCGAUUGCAUUUGUCACUUACGAGGUGGUGAAAGAUGUCUUAGGAGUUGAAAUGAGAAUAUCGGAGUGAAACUGACAAAUACAGGCUUUCGGUUCAUGUAACAGCGAUAAUUUUUUCUUCUUUUUGGUAGGCAAUUGGAAGAAGAUAGGUAAAUUUUGGUUGAUGUAUUUUGCCUAAUUAGAACAAACUAAGCCAGUAUCAGAUACUAGGCUGAUUUAUAUUUAUGUUGCCAAAUUUGUUUCCUAUCUAGGGUCCCUCAGAUAAACCCAUUUGGUUUGCCUGUUAUUCCAUUCAAAUACUUAUUUGUAUUAAUUAGUUUCUAAUAAAAGAAAAUGAUGGAUCUGUAUGCAUAUUUUCAAUACACACUUCGUCUAAUGUUUCUCCA